AUGUUUAUAGGAUUUCUGUUUGUGAUCGGACUAUAUUCUGUAAGCUGCAACCCAUGCACGAGGGAAGAAAGUUUGAACAUAACAAGUGGCGUAAGAUUUGAAAAUGGUUCUAUUAUUUACGAUGGAGUGGAAUACAUCAAAACGUCAUGGUACGAAGAAGAGAUGGCUGAUGGUGAAGUAGUAACAUUAGGGUGUCCGUGCAUUGGUCGCGUGUGCCUGUGGAAGUGUUGCGGAUCAGGAAUGAUGUACCUCAACAGGACAUGUCAAGACGUAGAUACGAGCGAAGUCAACCCUUUCAGCCCAACUGUGUAUAAAGAACGGGAACCGACCAAUAUUACCGGACAUGAACACUUCUUUUACAUGUAUAAACUGUCUUGCGACAAGUAUUUAGUGGAUUCAAAUACGCCUGGAGAAGAAAUUUACGUACAAAAUAACGGGUCCUUGUAUGAGAUAGCUAUGAAUCGCCCACAAUUGCAUCCAUCAGCGAGGUUCUGCGUAGACAUGAUGCUGGAUGAUAACGCACCUGUCUCGAGAUUGGUAGCUGGAGUCUGUUACCCUGAAGAUGGACCACCUGGUGACAGUCCCAUUCUAUUCAUCGCCUACGGAAUAGGUUUAAUCCUCUCGGUGCCGUUUUUGUUAGCAACUUUUCUGGUGUAUGCCUUCAUACCAGAACUUCGGAACUUGCAUGGCAUGUGUCUAAUGGCAUAUUGCGGCGGUCUUAUCGUAGCAUAUCCAUUUUUAGCAUAUCUGAAAUUGCAUACCGGUAAAGUCGGUGUUGCGAUGGCAGGCUGUUACACUUUAGCUUUCAUCAUUUAUUACGCAUUCCAAUCAAGUUUCUUCUGGCUGAACAUAAUGUGCUUCGACAUUUGGAGGACAUUUAGUGGCUACAGAGGAGGUAGUACCAACAAAAAGCGUGAAAAAAGGCGUUUCGCAAUGUAUGGAGUGUAUGCCUGGGGCAUACCAGCAGUUCUGACAGCUAUAACUAUCGCUAUGCAGUUUGGUGACGUGCCUCAUAAUAUUAUCACACCUGGUUUUGGUAGCCGAAGAUGCUGGUUCGACGAUUGGACAAGUGAACUAGUAUAUUUCUUUACGCCAGUGUUUACGUUAGUCGUUUGUAAUGUUGUACUUUUUACAAUAACGGCAAAUAGAAUCAGGUCUAUCAGGCAGGAAACGGCAAUAUUGAAAAGUUCUGAAUCUUCCCGAAGCGAUAAAUUAAUAAAGGAUAAACAAAGGUACGGUCUAUACCUGAAGUUGUUUGUUGUGAUGGGUGUGAACUGGGCGGUAGAGGUCAUCAGUUUCGCAGUAGGUGGCUCCAACUGGUACUGGAUCGUUGUUGAUCUCUCAAACAUAGCUCUCGGCAUUUAUAUCUUCUUUAUCUUCGUCUGGAAAAACAAAGUCCGCAAUUUAGUCGCAAAGAAAUGGCGAAGUAUUCGUGGUAUUCCUGCAACUGAAACGAGCUUAGGAAAAUGGGCGACGAGAUCGAGUUCGGCGCCGACGGAAGACACGAGAAUAUCUGCUGAUGAAUCCGCAAUGCGAUUAAAGGAAAUGAACUAAUGCUUUAUCGAGGUUAAAUCAAUUAAUUAUACUGUCAAAA